CGUGUUAAUUCUAGCGCCCUCUUAAGGGCGUGCUGCCAAGCCACGUCAGUUGCAGCGCCGCCAUAUUUGCCGGCUGUGGUGUGUGUCGCGCUUGUGGUUCGCGAGACGUGAAGAAAAAAGAUGAACAUAUUUCGCUUAGCGGGCGACUUAUCCCAUCUGCUGGCCAUAAUCAUCCUCUUGCUCAAGAUAUGGAGGACGAGGUCGUGUUCAGGCAUCUCGGGCAAGAGCCAGAUCUUGUUCUCCAUCACGUACACGGCGCGUUACCUGGACCUGUUCACGACGUUUGUGUCGCCCUACAACAGCGUGAUGAAGGUGGUGUUCCUGGCCGCCUCGUACGGCACGCUGUACCUCAUGUACGUCAAGUUCAAGGCCACCAACGACCGCAACCACGACACGUUUCGCAUAGAGUUCCUCCUCGUGCCCGUCUGCCUGCUCGCGCUGCUCAUUAACCACGAGUUCACCCCACUGGAGACACAACCCGGCGGCCACGAGCGUGGGUUUUUCGAAGUGGUGUUCUCCCACGCGACCCUGCUGUUCAGAGACCCCCUGGAGGUGUUGUGGACGUUCUCCAUCUACCUGGAGGCGGUGGCCAUCCUCCCUCAGCUGUUCCUGGUCUCCAAGACCGGCGAGGCCGAGACCAUCACCUCCCACUACCUGUUCUGCCUGGGCUCCUACCGAGGCCUGUACUUGCUCAACUGGGUCUACCGCUACUACACCGAGAACUUCUACGACCUGAUCGCCAUCGUGGCCGGAGUUGUGCAGACCAUCCUCUACUGCGACUUCUUCUACCUCUAUGUCACGCGAGUCAUCAAGGGAAAGGCAUUAAAACUGCCCGCCUAGAAGCAAGCGAGGCUCCCAGCUGUCCAAAGUGCCGCCACAGACACUGCCCUUCUCACCUUUCUGGAGGAGGAGCACACAGACAACACCGUGGCUACCGUGGGCGCUUUCUGCAGUCAUCCCCUUGGCAGCCACUGUUCACGGCAGUUCCUUGGAGCCAACAAACAUUCUCUGUUGAUACUUCUUCCUUCCCGUUUGAUGUCGCCGUCGUAACCCACCAAUUUUUUUUUCGUCUCAUAUGGACUGAAAUUCACCCCGGCCCUGUGCUUCCUCAAGUCGUGUCUUCUGUUUUCCUUUCUUUUCUUUUUUUUGCUGCGUGUAAACAUGCUACUCUUCAAAAGUAGAAACUUGUGGAACAGGGUUUGCAGAUGGCUGCUUGGAGCAGCACCUCCUCAUCUUGCCUGUAAAUGACUUGAGUGUGGUGAACGCCUGGCACGGUGAAAACUUCUCUACAAAGGGGGCAGAAGUGAGCUGGCAGUGUUGGGAAAUGUAAAGUUGGCUGCAGAAUGUUACGGAGCAGCAAUUCUGUAAGUAAUGGGCAGCACCAUUUCGGUAACUGAUAUGGAAUUCGUUGUAUCAAUACGGAAAUGAUAUGGAAGUGCCGUAUCGAUAUAUACGGAAUCCAUAUCCAUAAAAUCAUGUGGCUCUUCUAAUAUAAUAAAUGAGUUUGUUGCAGAGCCUCUUUAUUAUCAACCUUCACGGAAAUUUAAAAUCUGGGUUUUGUGACCAGGCUCCUGAGUGGAACGUGGCAUCUGCAUAUCUCGGAGUUCCGCAAAUGUUUUGCAGCCAAGUGUACAUAGCUGCCACGGAACUCCAAAACCAUGCUUUUUCAUGGAGCGAGGUUCCUGGUUUUUCCGAAUGGUUAUUACUACUAGUCUGUUGUCCCUCAAAACCCACAAUCACGUCCCGUCGAAGACGCCUGUGAAGGUAGAGCAAUGCUGGACCUGCACGCGGCUAUCUGCAAGCCCUUCUCUCCCUUUAGCUGCUAGACGUAUUAUGGAGUGCGACGAUGUUGCAGUGGCUGUGUUGUGUAGGCUUUCCAAUGCUUUCGUCGUGUUGAGUCUCUUGCCUCGAUAUGAGUGUGUGGAAUGUCACUUUUGCACUUUUUCGUUCUCACCGAGUGAAUGAAAGCUGGUGGUUCAGAAAGGGUCAUGUUAGGGUGGGCCGGUCGACAACUUGUGUACAGUUUUCAGCAAAAAUGAAAAGAGUGUGUUCCUCUCUAUCUCUCUAUUUUUUUAGUGUAGGGACAACUUAUCAUUUCGAUUACGAGAUUUCUUUUUUUCUUCUGUGUUGAGUGUGUGUUUGAAGGAUGGCGAAAGGAAACGGAUUCCAAAGUCGCACUUGCGUGCAUUUCAGUACUACCCAGCGUUUGUUAGCCAUGUAUCAGAAGUAUAAUCGUAUAUGUAGGAAUGAAUCGGAAGCUGUGCAUCACGCAGCAGGUCGGUCUGAACAUGGAAGCGUUGACAGCGCAAGACGAACGUCUCAACCGUCUUUUUAUUUUUACGGGAUGCAAACGUUCUCGCACGUCGACAAUCGGAAAAGUGCACACCAUAUUCGUUAAAAAAAAAAGAGUAGCACAAGUUCUUGCACAUCAAGAACUCCUUCAAGCAGCUUUGUUUUGUCUCUAGUUCAGAUAGUCGAACUCUUCCUUGUAUUUCCUCUGUCGCACUAAACCAGUGUUUAGUGCAACACUACAGCAGCAGAAAUGUACAGCAGCUUCCGUAGCAAUUGCAAAAAAAAAAAAAAAUGCAAUCAGUGCUGUUUGCAUCGUUCUCAAUAUUUUUUUAAUAGCUCAUGAGUGUUGUAUGUUCUGGUGAUACAUCGCGGUUGCCCACAUGCAAUAGCAAAAACAGGUGAGGCGCCAAGAGGGCUUGUGGGAUGUAUUUAAAGAAAGUUUGGGUGCUGGGUUGUUGUUUCCAGCUGCCGGUAGGAGCUUGUUUACGGCUCCCAUCUAUGGUGGCUUGGCCAAAGUGACUCAUUGGGUCCCACCUUCGCUUCUGUCGUCGCUGGCGUGGAUUCGAGGCAUGAAUUGUGGUGAAAAAUAAAGACUUGGUUUACUGAUUUUGGA